AUGUCCAGUGGUGUUAUCAACGGAGUCUCCCAACCCGCCUUGACGGUGGCAAACCCGCAGACGUCGGAAAAGGCCGUCAAUCCUUUGAACCCAAAAGGCAUCAAACCCUGUUGUGCAUGUCCGGACACGAAAGCGGCGAGGGAUGACUGCUUCUUGAGGUACGGUCAUUCGGUAGAGGAGCACGGAGAACAGGCUCGAAAGUGCGAGGAUCUCGUCUCCCAGCACAGGGCUUGCAUGGCACAACUCGGCUUCAAGAUCUGA